GACGACAGUGCAUCGCUGGCUUUGACCGCGCGCGCCCGCUUGAGCAAAUAUCAUUGUUUACUUAUUCUUAUUUGCAAUCUACCGACUUUGAAAGGUAUAAAAGAAAAAAAUACAACGCUUGCAGCAGUGAUGAAGUUACUUUGGUUGUUGUUAGUUGUUGCGGUGGCCGCUCAACUCGAUGAUAACAUCGAGGAGGAGGAGUUGGAAGAACCUUACAAUGAAGAAGAUUAUGAGCAUUCUAGAGACAAAAGAAACUAUGACGAACAUUCUAGAACCAGACGAGAUAUAGAAGAUGGCGAUCCUUAUGAAGAGAUUUUUAGAACGCGGCGGGAUAUUCAUGAACCGUUUGAAGAAGGUUCUAGACGUGAGAUGAAUGGCGAUUAUGAAGAGAAUCAUAGGACACGGCGUAAUGUGCACGAAGGUCCGUUUGAAGAGCAUAUAAGAGUGAAGAGAUGUACAUACGAAGAUGUCCCAUUAAGCCGCGUCCGUCGCUCAAUGCGAACUCCUCGCCAAGUCCAUCAAUAUGAAGUCCAUGAGUUUACAGAUGGGGAAAGUUAUCCUUCGCCUCCUUAUGAAGAAAUGUUAGCGGCUAGCGCUGAACAUUACCAUAAAGUUUACGCAGCUCCGAAUACGAGGCCAGAUAGUUCCAGUGGUUUCAAACAUGAUCACCAUGUAGACAAAGGUGCUAAGGGCUUCAAGACGGAUGAACUCCAUCGUAAAGAAUAUGAAGAAGCAGAAGGGAAGAAGAAGAAACAUCAUGAUAAGGCUGACCAUAAGGGCAGCCAUGAGGAGCAGGCUCAUGGACAUAAGGGGUCCAAGUUCGAUGAGAAGAAGGGGCAUAAAAAGGGACAUAAGACUAAAGGCUACCACAACAAAUACCACAAAGACGAGUUCCACAAAGAGCACAAGUUCUACGACGACUACCACAAGAGCGGGGAACACCAUCGAUACGGCAAAUUCAACGCGAAACACGCCAGCAAUGAGAGCGGGAAGAAGAAGGCACAUCAUGUGAAUGCGGGACAUGACUUCGUUGAGAGAGGGAAGAAGGGAUACAGCAACAAGGGCCACCUGGACGCGGACCACAAAGGCCACAACGGCAAGCAGGGCCACGAGGAACACCACGAGAAGCACUCCUCACACGGCAAGAAAGGGGGCAAAGAGGGGGGCUCGCACUGGAAAUAUGCCAAGAACUAAAACCUACAGCGAUGUGGCGGAAAUUCUUUUAAGUGCUUUAAAAUUUAUCGGAAAUUUGAAGAAAUUUUCAUUUUGGAAAAUUUCGUUGCCAAUGGAAUUUAAAAAGCACUUAGAAGAUUUUGCUAUUUUAGGAAGCUUUCGCCGGCGCAUCGGAAACCAUGCCAUGAUAUAGGGCUAUAUAGUUUUAAGGCAAAAAGACACCAGGAUGCGUGAUGGCUUCAGUUAUCUGCGUACGCUGAUUUUAAUGUGUGAAAUUUUAUGCAAUAUAUCACACCGCUUGAUGUGACAGCUGACAUAUAAUUUCUUAUACAUAUUAAAACUAGCUUCAUGUAAUGUAGCCUUCUCUGGAAGUUUUAUGUAAGGUUGUGACACCAAUUGCCAGUUGUUUUAUAAUAAUCAGUAUUAUAUGAGUUAAAUUUAGGGAUGUGAUAUUUUGUUGGGUAUACUUCCAAGUUUAUAAUUUUAUUAGAAGAUCUAUUGUUACUUUUUUCUGAGAAAAUAUUUAUAAAGAUUCUUUCUUCCACCUUCUAGGCUCAAACGCAUAGGUGGGUCAAAAUUAAUUUCGUUGUCUUGUUACCGACCACUCUGUCACGCUUCUAUUUUUGUCUUUAUACAAAUUAAAAAAAAGUUGAGCGCUAUUGCAUGUAUUUCUAGCUGUAGGUAGAUUAUAAUUCACUUGAGAAAAAUCAAAAACUAAACUUCACCUAACAAAAUUUCACCCCAUACAAGAGCUCCACUCCGUCACAUUUUUUGGGGACAAAAAAUAAAACAACGAAAAUAAUUUUAACCCACGUAUAACUAUAAGUACUAUGACUAAAUAUUGAAAUACGUGUCAAUUAAAAUAACAAACAAGUUAAAAUAACCAAUACCUAGUCGUACCAAAAAAACAAGAUUUGAUCGACGAUAAAAUAAACAGACAUCGAAACCCACUUAACGAUCAAUAGAAAAAGUGUAUCAAAUAGUUUAAGCGGUUAUAUCGAGUGACGCAACCGAAAGACCGAAACGAACUAUCGUCGCAACCUAAUUCGAAAAGUUACUUUGUUUCACUUAACUUUAACUUGGCAAAACUUAACCUUAGUACGCACACAUUAGAGUUCUUAUUUGUGUGAACGAAAUUACUUUAUACAGUAGAAACGCAUGAAAUCAGUCCGGCCCGUGUGAAAUUCAGUUCCGUGAGUUUAUUUAUUCUAUAGUAUAAAUUUUGUUAUUUCAUCGGGAAGUGAAAUUUUACUUAUUUAAGAUGCUGGCAAAAACUAAAUAUUUACUAUUAUAUGAUGACAAUGACAUACAUAGAUACCUACUAAUUUUAAACACAUACGUGGCUUUCUUUAUACUGAAUCAUAAGGUACUUUUUGAUGCCAUAAGGAAUAUUUCUAAAUGGGAAGCCAAUUAGUUACUCGAUUUUCUUUUAUAAAAUCGUUUUUAUCAUGGUACCUAUUAAUAUUUUUUAUCAAUUAUUUAACUCAUUUUCAUGGUUGUCAUCUUUAAU